UCAGUGUGACUUUAAGGAAAAACUGUAAUAUGUAUUCAGUCCUACGCCCCUCCUUCCUCGAUGAUGUCAGCAGGCGGAGGACUGCUCGGCAGUACUAAUGGGCUGAGUUGAUCUUGCACAAAUGAGACGGCUUGAGCUUUUGCACACAGAACGAAAGACCGUAACACUUCAUUCAGCAACUUCUGAGCGAUGCUGCAGCAUUGUGCUCUAACCGGGAUCGUCUUUACUAACUAGUGUUAGUGUUCGUUAAAGAAAGCCGAGCUGAAAUACCCACUGUAGAAAACAGCACAUUAAAAGAAAAAGAAAAAAAAAAAAAAAAAAGGUUUAAUGACUGACUGCACUACUGGCGUGCAUCUAAAUUGUGGAUAAGCUAAAAUGACCACGUUAUAAAGAAAACUUUGUGCAGACCAAACAAGGACAAUAAGAGCAUAUUUUUUAAUAACUUGGACUAAAAAUGAAAAUUCUCACCUGAAGCCCCGAUCUGAACUCGCAGAACAGUGAAGCGCCUUGGAACACCGGUCAUUUUGUACUUGGAAUUGCACUGCAGCUUGCACGGGCUAAUAGAAUUUAGAGGAAUUACAGUAUUCUGUUUCUUAACGUACAUUUUUGUUUCAGAAUAAUUUGAACCUUGGACUUCUUAAGACAUGGAUCGUUGUCAGUAGUUGGAUUUCAAUGUAUGUAUUUCUUUAUUUUUCUUGAGAGUGGAGAACCAUCAAUAUUGUUCUACUUCUGUCUAGCAUGGAACAACAUCUUAGUGCACUGAUGUCAUUACGUGUUGGGGAUUGUAAAUAAAUUGGCACAUUUAGCCCAAAGGAAUUUUGAGUUCUCCAGACUUUGGCAGCCUUAAGGAGAAGGCACUCAUCCCUGUGUGAAUAUGAACUUGGUAUCCAAAGCAUUCCUAAAUGUGGCUUUGUUAGCCUGCAUCAUCUUACAGUCUGGAGCUCAGGAGAAGGACUACACAGUGCGAGAAGAGCUACCAGAAAAUGUCCUGAUCGGGAACCUGGGCAAGGACCUGGACUUGGCCUUAGACCCGAAUAUCAAGCUAUCUUCCCCACUCCAGUUCAAGUUGGUGUACAAGACUGGGGAUGUGGCCUUGGUGCGGGUGGAGGAGAACACAGGGGAGAUUUUCACCACCUCCAACCGCAUCGACCGGGAGAAGGUCUGCUCAGGGAUCCACAGCGAGAGCCGCUGCUUCUAUGAGGUGGAGGUGGCUGUGCUGCCCGACGAGGUCUUCAGACUGGUUAAGAUCCGCUUCCUCAUCGAGGACAUCAAUGACAACGCCCCACUCUUCCAGUCCACCGUUAUCAACAUCUCCAUUCCAGAAAACACAGCCAUCAACUCACGCUACCCUGUCCCCUCUGCUCUGGAUCUUGAUGUGGGUAUAAAUGGAAUACAGCACUAUGAGCUUGUGAAGAGUGUAAGUGAAUUUGGACUGGACAUCAUUGAAACCCCAGAGGGAGACAAAUGGCCACAGCUGAUUGUCCAGCAGAACCUUGAUCGAGAGCAGAAGGACACAUUUGUCAUGAAGAUCAAGGUGGAAGAUGGAGGGUCACCACCAAAGUCCAGCACUGCCAUCCUCCAAGUGACCAUUGCAGAUGUCAAUGACAACCGCCCUGUGUUCAAGGAAAGUGAACUUGAGUUGAGCAUCCCAGAAAAUGCCCCAGUUGGUACUUCAGUCACACAACUUCAUGCUACGGAUGCUGACCUGGGCUUGAACGCACAGAUCCACUUUUCCUUUAGCAACCAAAUUUCCAAUGCUGCCAAAAGGCUCUUCAAUAUUGACAGUACCUCUGGAUUGAUCACUAUUAAAGAACCACUAGACAGGGAAGCGUCUCCAGUUCAUAAAUUGACAGUAUUGGCUAGUGAUGGAAGCUCUACCCCUUCUAGAGCUAUAGUGACAGUCAACAUUACAGAUAUCAAUGACAAUGUCCCCUCCAUAGACACAAGGUAUAUCAUCAACCCCAUCAAUGGGACAGUCCUUUUAUCAGAAAAAGCUCCUCUCAACACCAAAAUCGCUCUGAUUACAGUGAUGGACAAGGAUGCUGACUUGAAUGGGAAAGUCACUUGUUACACUGACCAUGAUGUUCCCUUUCGAUUGAAACCUGUCUUUGACAAUCAGUUCUUGCUGGAGACUGCGGCUCCUCUGGAUUAUGAGACAACCAGGGAGUACGCUAUUAAGAUUGUGGCAUCCGAUUCGGGAAAGCCUCCACUCAACACUUCAGCUAUGGUUCUGAUAAAGAUCAAAGAUGAGAAUGACAAUGUCCCGACUUUUACCCAACCAGUUAUAGGACUGUCCAUUCCAGAAAAUAAUGCGCCUGGGACUCAGUUGACAAAAAUUAGCGCAACUGAUGCGGACAGCGGGCGUAAUGCAGAGAUCAAUUAUUCCCUGGGAUAUGACGCCCCUUCAGUUUUCAAUCUAGACCGCAGGUCAGGAAUCCUGUCAGUGGUGCGCAGAUUGGACAGGGAAAAGCAGGACAAGUACACCUUCACGGUUGUGGCUAAGGAUAAUGGCUCCCCUUCUCUGCAGAGCAACGCCACUGUGAUGGUGAUGGUCCAGGAUCAAAAUGACAACAGUCCGGCUUUCACCCACAAUGAAUACAACUUCUAUGUGCCCGAAAACUUACCUUUGUAUGGUACAGUGGGCUUGAUCACAGUAACGGAUGUGGACUCUGGAGAUAAUGCAGUUAUCACCCUUUCCAUAUUGAAUGGCAGAGACAACUUUAUCAUAGAUCCUAAAACUGGAGUUAUUAAGCCCAACAUCACCUUUGACAGAGAACAGCAAAGCUCUUACACCUUUGUGGUAAAGGCUGUAGAUGCAGGUCGGCCUCAGCGUUCCUCGCUUGCCAAGGUCACCAUCAAUGUUGUGGAUAUAAAUGACAACCGGCCUGUGUUUGUUAUCCCAUCCUCCAACCACUCUUAUGAUUUAGUCAAAUCAACCACCAGCCCAGGCUCUGUGGUGACAAGAGUGUUUGCUAUAGACAAUGACACUGGCAUGAAUGCAGAACUUCACUACAGCAUCAUUGGUGGUGCCGCUAGGGGGUUGUUUUCCAUUGAUAAAAUUACUGGCAACAUUACAUUGCAAGAAAAGAUUGUAGCUGCAGAUCAGGGCUUGCACAGGCUUGUAGUCAAAGUCAAGGACUUGGGGCAGCCUGAAUCGUUAUAUGCCAUUGCUCUAGUGCAUUUGUUUGUCAAUGAAACUGUGGCCAAUGUCACAUACAUUCAAGAGCUUGUGUAUAAAAGCAUGGAAACUCCUUUGGAUCGGAACGUAGGUGACAGCAUGGUGACCCCCCAGAACAAUGGGUACAUCAUAGUAGUUAUUGCAAUCAUUGCAGGGACCAUGACAGUGAUUCUGGUCAUAUUUGUCACAGCUCUGGUGCGCUGCCGACAAACACCCAGGCACAAAGUGGUGCAAAAGAGCAAACAGAGUGGCGAGUGGGUGUCCCCUAACCAGGAGAACCGGCAAACCAAGAAGAAAAAGAAGAAGAAGAAGAGGUCUCCCAAGAGCCUCCUCUUGAACUUUGUCACCAUAGAAGAAUCUAAGCCAGAUGACCCGGCCCAUGAGCACAUUAAUGGAACCUUGGACCUCCCAGUGGAGUUGGAAGAGCAGACUAUGGGAAAGUACAACUGGGUCACCACACCCUCAACCUUCAAACCGGACAGUCCAGAUUUGGCUAAGCAUUACAAGUCCACCUCCCCUCAGCCCACCUUCCAGAUCAAACCUGAGACCCCGGUCCCGCCCAAGAAACAUCAUGUCAUUCAGGAGCUUCCGCUGGAUAACACCUUUGUGGUGGGUUGCGACUCACUCUCCAAGUGUUCUUCAAGCAGCUCGGAUCCCUACAGUGUCUCUGAGUGCAGCUGCCAGGGAGGCUUCAAGACCACCGGGCCCAUUCACACACGCCAGUCGCAGCGCCGUGUCACUUUCCACCUGCCGGAUGGCUCUCAGGAGAGUUGCAGUGACAGUGGGCUAGGGGACCAUGAGCCCACAAGCAGUGCCAGCACCACCCAGCCCCUGCCUCUCGGCUUCCCUCAGGAGGAGUACUAUGAGCAGACCUCGCCCAACAGCCGCACUGAGGGGGACGGCAACUCAGACCCCGAGUCCACAGCUAUCGAAGUGAAUCUGCAGAAAGCACUCGCUGAAGCCUCAGAGACCUGCACACAGGAGUGCCUCAUCCUGGGACACUCUGACAGCUGCUGGAUGCCGCCCUCCUUGACCCAGUUCCAACAAACCACAAGCGCCUCGCUGCCUACCUUUGGAUUCCAGCAGGGCUGGGCCCGGGGAACCAAGCCUGAUGGUCGCCACACUCUGAGCAGGUCUGUCCCGAAAGACGAAAUCGAUAAGGGUCAGGGAGGGAACAGGCCGCAGUUCUACAACACUCUGGAUAGACACUGUAGCACCAAGGAAGAUCCUGUCAAGGUCAUCCCCCUGGCUAACUUCACCCCAUCAAGCCAGCAGGCUCCAGUCUCUGGGGGGACCACCACCUUUGUAAAUGAGCAUCAGCUAUAAAACCAAGCCUAGGAAGCUGUAACCCACAAACACCCUCUCGGUGGUGGAUGUCCAUUUGUAGCUUCUGCUUUACGUCCAUGCACAUGCCAGCUUGCAUUUGCGGUAUAGCAGUUUUGCUAAUAUCUAUGUAAAUAAAUCUGAGACGCAAAUUUGCUUUAGUGGAAAAAAGGAUCUGAGGUUAAGAAUACAAGUGCUUAAGAUUCCGAAAUGGCCCUGUACAUAUUAAGGUAGUUUUAUGCCAAAGUGGUACCUAAAUCAGGAUAAGGUUGUUUAGAUAUAGGGAUGCAAAUCUUGUUUGGAUAUAAGGAUGCAAAUUACUCAGAAGCUGCAAAAAACAUUUGGCACAGAAUGAAAUUAAAAUAUUUCUGUAGUAAAAAGAGACUUUUGUGAAAAUUGCAGUAGUUCAGUAAUGCUUAAAAGUAUACAGGCUAGUUGUUAAAGUAAUUGUAGCACUACUUGUUAGUAUGUCUAGACUAAACACAAGAAACAUAAAAGGAAACCAUACCUUAACAGUAGGCUUCUCAGACCCAGAUUAGAAAUAAUCUCGUAAUAUUUUACCAAAUGGAGCAUUAGCUAGUCCAAGAUUAAUUCUAAUCAGGGUCUGUGACACCAAUUUUAAGAGAGCUAAGUAUCCCAUGUGACUGCUGUUUUCUCAAGCCGCAAGCCCUCCAGAUCAAUACACUGACAAUUUAGGUCUUUCUUAAUACCUUUCUUAUGCAAAUAUUGUGCUAGUCUUUACUUAUCUCAUUAACAUAAGAGCCCCAAUAACUCAGGAGCAUUGAAGACCAAUUAUAAUUUUACAUUUUCUCUUUUAUUAUUUCAAAUUGUUUAACGCAUAAGAGUAGUGUGCAUCAUGAUAUGUGCUAUGGAACCAAUUAUGAAAAUAUCUCCUUUGCAUAAUUACUUAGAUCAGUAGACCAGUCAUAGCCCUGGAUGAUGGCAGUCUAACAAAUUAAUUGGCUUUUCUUUUCUACUUUCAUUUACCUUGCAUAGUUUAUAGGAGUGUUGCAUAGGAAUGUGUUGAACACUGUACAAUAAUUUACAGAACUACAAUCAGGUUAGACCGUUAUAUACCUUCUGCACCAUCUUACAAAAACAAAACAAAGUGCAGCAGUCAGCAAAGAUAUAUUGAAUUGUGUUUCAAGACAAGUCCCAAUCUGGAUUGUUCUACUUUUCUGAACAGCUUUCAAAUUGCACUGAAACAAACAAACCAAACUGAGUUUUUUUUUAUUUUGCCCCAGUGAAAGAGUACCUCCCAAGGUGGUCUCGGUUUGGUACUAUCAAAACAAACUCUGGAAGGCACUGGGUUUGUUUGGAGCAUUUGAAAGUUUCAUCAGUGCCGUUUGUGAUACAUUGUUUGGUACUCCCAAGUAAGCUUCAGUUUCAUUGAUAUCAAUAUAAAUAAUGUACAUUUUGUUGAAAACUAGCUUUAAGUGCCAAACUUCGUUUCUUACCCUUAUCAAACCUUUGAGAAACGUAGAGAUUAAAGAUUAUGCUCAGAGACAGGAAUGUUCUAGAUCUGUUUGCAAUGUGCUGCAAAUUCUCCCUAUAUUCAGGUAUUUUUAAGCUUAUUCUUGUGCUACACCAAAGCUUAGUGGUAAAUCCAAAUCAUGUAUUCUUAAGUUUCUCAAUUGGUUAUUGAAGUGCUGCUUUCAGAAACAGUACUUACUAACUAGUUUUGUAAGUGAUAAUUUCAGACCUUAAAUACUCUGCACUUACCAGCUUCAUAAGUUAUAGGGCAUGUACAGUAUGUGCCUGUUAUUGAUGUACAAUGCAUAGGACCCCAAAGCUCUUCUACUCCUAAGCGAUUAAACAAAAUGAAUAACUGCAGCUGAAAUUGCAAUCAACAUAAAGUAAAUACAUGUUAAAAUAUACUGGGUGAUUCAUAAUUACACCAGUGUUGUUUUGCAUUGUUUUCCACUUACUGUAAAUGUUGACAUUAUUGAACUACCCCUCUUGUUGACCAAACCGUGCGUCACAGAGUCUCUCUGUCAGACAUUUUUCUUUUGCAUAUCAUCCUCCACUUUUCAUGAUGCUCCGAUAAUGUAAAUUAUCCAUCACCCGUACAUAUCAGAUAAGACAGGACAGAUGCAGAAUUUACACAGGUGUGUCAAAAGUCAUUGCAUUCUGCUGCUUAAUAUAGGUGUUGGCUACAGAAUUGUGACAUUGUGUUCAACAGUUAUACAUAUCUGCUGUAAAUAUGGCAAAUGAGCUCUGGUCUGUAAGCAUUUGGCUGAAAAAGAUAAACUUUUGAUCGAUCUGUUUAUUUUCAUGGAGGAACAAUGCAUUCGGUGAUAUCUCUGCUCAGUGCACAAAGCUUAAAAUCAACAAGGAAAGCAUGCAGGUUAGUGAUCCAAAUGAUUACUUCAUUAUAAAUGAGUCAACCCAGCAGAGGAAUUAAGUGUGCCAUAAGAGUUCCUGUGUAGAUUGCCAUUAUAGGGCUGCACUGUUGCUCGUUGAACCAAAAGAAGACACACUUGCAUCAGCUUCUAUUCCCUAUCUAGCAUUGUAAUUGAUUAAUACAUUUAAUUAAGGAAUAUAAUAACUGCUGGCAUUCUUAGGGGAACCUGACAUCUGCACACCCAAUGCCAGACUUCAUUCUUGAAUAAGAGAUCAUUUUGUUCUGGAUAUAUCUCGCUUCUCAUUGAUGGAAAAGUCACGUGGUAAUAUUCCAUGAAUGCUAAACUAGUUCAGUGACACCAUUAUUCUUCUACAUUACACGCUUGAGAGGCUCAAAGAACUAGGAGGGUACUGCAAUGUAUUUAAAUGCAAAGCCAAUACCCUCGACCAUGGAGUUACUUAGACACAACUCCUUAUUGCUAAGUAUGUCCAUUAAUGUAUUCCUGUUGGUGUAGGUCAUUUGAAAUAUUCCCAACAGUGAUUUCUAGUUGCAGUUUUAUAUCUGUUCCAUAAGAAAGGUGGGUGUUAUAGUGUAGGGUGGUAGUAUGUCUAGAUAAUUCUGCUGUAGCCAACGCAGGAUGGGAUACUUAAGGGGGCGUAUCACAUGUAGGUGUUGUUCCUUUACUGUUUUCGACCCAGUUUUAAAUGAUAUAAAUGUAAUUUAACUCUCUGACCUUCAGCACAAUGAUUAAUGGCUUAGGGAGAACCAAGAAGAUAUAGGGCUGGAUAUAAGACUUGAUUCAUCCUCAGUGUGUUUAUAACACUAACACAAACAGUGCUCUUGUUUCAAGGUCAAUAUACAGAAGAGAUAGAAAAGUGCAGCUUUUUCUAUAUAAAUAGGCCCACAUUUAAAAUUCAUAGUAAAAGUAGGUACUUGAUGAUUUCUUGCUUCUCAUUUAUCAGACUUUAAAUAGUAUUAAGUAUUAAGAUGGUGGCAAUAUAAAAGUGUGAUUGUUACACUAAUUUGUAAAAUGAUCUUAGAAAUGUAUAUGAUAAAGUGAAAGGGCAAUAUAUUUAAAACUAUCAUAAUCAUAAAUCAUAAAUGAAAUCUCCUGGUCCCUAAUGGGUAGAUGCAUCACCGUUGAAUAAUUAAUGCACAGACUGCUGAAAUUAUAGAGGAGUAAGAAUGGGGGGGCUACAAUUAAUUGUAUCAUUUUUAUUUAAUGUUCCUCAUGUUUUCACUAAUGAGAAAAGCGUGAAAAAAAGACAUGAAAUGUGUUUAUUUGACCAACUGUGCUAACUAAAAGUUUAAAUACUAUAGCAUGAAUUUCUUUGAUAUGAUUGCACGGGCAACAUGAAAUACCAUUAUUGUACCCUUAUGAAAAGGUUUUAGUUUGGAAAGGCCCACUACAAAACCAACAAACAAGCAGGAAAGUAUACAUGUGUUAAAACAAACAAAACAACACACACUUUUGUAUUCAUUCCAGUAAUCGGUUCAUAGAACAUGCAAGAACAGUAGUGGGUGGUUAAUGGAGAAAUCGACAGGCACAUUCCUUUAAGCAGGUGAUAAUUACCACCAGUGAUAGUCAUUACUGCCCAGUUGGUGUUCUCCAGUUAGUCAAACUGCUCGUUAAGUGGUCUGGUUGUCACACUUGGUUGGUAUUUUAGUGAUGUUCCUGUCAAUAGACAGAAAAGUUCUCCCUAAAGAAACACAAGUAGGUGGCGCAAUCUGUGCUUCAAAGCUGCAUCUAAUUAAAAAAAAAAAAAAAAAAGGUGGGAAUAAUAUUCAGCAGAUGCUAACUUUGGAUUUUCAUUUGGAGUAAGCAAAUGGCGAAGAAGGCUUUGGAUAAUAAUAGAAGAAAAAUAUAUAUUUGGAGUUGAAAGAAAGAGCCCUCGAAACGGCUCUUGAUCCAUUAGUUGAUGGGGGGGGGGGGGGGGGGGUUGCUUCCAUGUCUGUCGUUUGUUAUACAAGCCUGUUUUAAACACUAGAUUUCCCACUUUUCCUAUAAAAAUGCAUUCAUACACUGUUCAAAUUAUAAAAUGACAAUCUGUGUUUUAAGCAAAAAUACAUAAAUAAGUAAAUAACUUUGAUGUUUUGCCUGGGUAUUCUUUAUGUACAGUAGAUGCCAUGUCUCUUGUGUUAAAACAAAGUGUACAAAUUAUUGUUGUAUUAUAUAUGCUUGUAAAUGACUAGAAAUUGCUGUGUAUAUUAGUUAUUGGAGUUCACAAUUGCUUUUGCAGCUUUAUUGUAUGGCAGCAGGUCUAAGUAUUUUGAUCAUCCAUGGUAUAUAUUGUUAUUUCAAAUGUAAAUUAUUCCCACCCACAGGCAGUAACUUUACUGUGGAAAUGCUUUCACCUAACCAGAUUUGUUUGGUGUGAUAAUUUUUUCUUCUUGCGAUAAAAUUUAAAUGGAACCAUUAAAUAUUGCAACUUAACACGAGAGGUA